CGUAACUAGUUUAGCGGUCCACGACAGUUAGCUGCCACAAGUCGGCAGAUUCGGUCGAUUUGACCGCUAUUGGCUCUGAACAGUACCGGCGAGCGCUUCUCCCGUUACAACAUUGACAAGAGAACACGCGAAGAGAGACCGCACUGACCCUGUGUCCCCUGUGGAGUCUGUCGACCUUUGAUACUGGACCAACGACAAAAGCCUACCAAGAAAACGUCAAACGAUUGACGAUCUUCCCUCUUCUCUUGGAUUAUCGCCGUUUACGAUAUUCUUCGCGGGGCUUUUUGACGUUUCUUGUCUCACCUCAUCUGGAAACAUCAUGCUACCAAGAUUGACGCUCUCAGUUGCGCUACUCCUCCUAACAAUGGGAGUUAUAUUGUCGAAGGGAUGCGAGUUGGAUCAGAUGCGAUACGGAUGCCGCAUCUAUAAUGCACAAUGCAGUUGUGGCUACGGCUGCAAAUCCGAAUACAGAUAUGACAACAAUGAUGAUUGCAAGUUAGCACUGAAAGGAAGACGUAGCGACAUAUGUUCUCGAUCGAAACCUUGCCUGAACGAAGGUUCAUGUUCUCAAAUAUCGUCGGAGCCCGGAUUUAAAUGUCGUUGCGAAGGAACUGGAUUCUACGGCACUUACUGCGAGACACCUUGUCCACGACCAGACAAUACACUUUUCCGAGGACAAUUCCCUUACGAAUGUGUGGUGAUCUAACUCGAAUCUCUCCUUUUACUUUCAUCUGAAAUACAAAUUUGUCUUAAUAUGAUACAUACAUACAUACAAGGAAAGAAACGCGUUUCAUAAAACAUAUUUACACACAUCUUUGUACAUACAUAAUAAAUAUUAAAACACACAA